CACCUCCAAGUUUCAAAACUCAACCUGUGUCUCUCUUUCUCAGAACAGAACAGAGAGUGUUUUGGGUUCUUGUUGUUUGUCUGUAUGUCCUGAGUUUCUCUCUCUCAUUUCCAUGUUUCUCUUCUUUCUCGCAAUGCUCUGUUUUGACUCUUUGUUUCUUGAGAAAAUGUGAAAAGCAAAUAACACCAUGCGUGAAAUAUGAUUAUGGUUUGAUAGUUAUGAUCAUGAGUGGUGCUAUGUCUGUAUAUUCGUUCUACUAAUAAAACUGUUUGAUUUGCUUCUUUUCAAUGCUAGAGCUAGACUAAAUUAGAUGCAGCUUUUUUGCAGCUGUUAAAGCAUUUCAAUACUAGAUUUAUUCUGUAACAGCAUUUUAUGUUUUGUGCUCUGGUCACUACAGGAAGGCCUUUCAUGAAUUAAAAAAGAAAUGGCUAGAAUAUCUCCCAUCUUCUUGAUGGGACUUGCUGUCAUCUGGGCAGCCUUAGCACAAGCAGAAUACAUGAUCUAUAAAGAUGCAACAAAGCCCUUAAAUUCUCGCAUUAAGGACUUGAUGAGCCGGAUGACAUUAGAGGAAAAAAUUGGCCAGAUGACUCAGAUUGAACGCAAUGUUGCAUCAGCUGAGGUGAUGAAGGACUACUUCAUUGGGAGUGUACUGAGUGGAGGAGGGAGUGUUCCAUCCAAACAGGCUUCCGCAGAAACUUGGAUUAACAUGGUGAAUGAAUUUCAAAAGGGUGCUUUAUCAACCCGAUUAGGAAUUCCUAUGAUUUAUGGAAUUGAUGCUGUUCAUGGACAUAACAACGUUUAUAAGGCAACCAUAUUUCCUCACAAUGUUGGACUUGGAGCUACCAGGGAGCCUGAACUUGUUAAGAGGAUUGGAGCUGCAACUGCACUGGAAGUUAGAGCUACAGGCAUUCCAUAUGUUUUUGCACCUUGUAUCGCGGUUUGUCGAGAUCCAAGAUGGGGCCGGUGCUAUGAAAGCUACAGUGAAGAUCCUAAGCUCGUUCAAGCACUGACCGAGAUUGUACCAGGAUUACAAGGCGACAUCCCUGCUAACUCCUCAAAGGGUGUUCCCUUUGUCGCUGGAAAAACAAAGGUUGCUGCAUGUGCGAAGCACUAUUUGGGUGAUGGUGGAACAACAGAUGGCAUUAAUGAGAACAAUACACAAAUAAGCAGACACGGUUUGCUUAGCACCCACAUGCCAGGCUACUAUAACUCAAUUAUCAAGGGUGUGUCAUCUAUUAUGGUUUCUUACUCAAGCUGGAAUGGAGUUAAGAUGCAUGCUAACCGUGACAUGGUCACUGGCUUUCUCAAAAACUUUCUUCGUUUCAGGGGUUUUGUCAUCUCAGAUUGGGAGGGUAUUGAUAGGAUCACUUCUCCUCCCCAUGCUAACUACUCAUAUUCUAUUCAAGCAGGAAUCAGCGCUGGAAUUGACAUGAUCAUGGUUCCAAACAAUUACAAAGAGUUCAUUGAUGGCCUAACAUCCCACGUGAAAAAUAAAGUCAUCCCCAUGAGCCGAAUCGAUGAUGCAGUGAAGAGAAUUUUGCGGGUUAAAUUUGUGAUGGGUCUAUUUGAGAACCCAUUGGCUGAUAAAAGUCUAGUUAAUGAGCUUGGCAGUCAGGAGCACAGAGAAUUGGCUAGAGAAGCUGUGAGGAAAUCACUUGUGCUGCUAAAGAAUGGUGAAUCAGCUGAUGAGCCAUUGCUACCCCUUCAUAAGAAAGCGUCGAAAAUACUUGUUGCUGGCAGCCAUGCAGACAAUCUCGGCUAUCAAUGUGGUGGAUGGACAAUUGAGUGGCAAGGACUCAGCGGCAAAAACCUCAGGAGUGGAACCACAAUCCUAACUGCCAUAGAAAAUACUGUCGAUUCAAGCACUGAAGUUGUAUACAAGGAGAAUCCUGAUGCAGACUUUGUCAAGUCUAACAACUUCUCUUACGCCAUCGUUGUAGUAGGCGAGCCUCCAUAUGCGGAGACAUUUGGUGACAGCUUGAACUUGACAAUCUCUGAACCUGGCCCAAGCACGAUACAAAAUGUCUGCGGAUCUGUUAAAUGUGUUACUGUUAUUAUUUCCGGCCGUCCUGUAGUAAUCCAACCAUAUGUCAGCUUGAUGGAUGCUCUCGUUGCUGCUUGGCUCCCUGGAACUGAAGGCCAAGGUGUUGCUGAUGUUCUAUUUGGUGACUAUGGUUUCACCGGCAAGCUUCCACGAACAUGGUUCAAGACUGUUGAUCAGCUGCCAAUGAAUGUUGGAGAUCGACAUUAUGAUGCCCUCUUCCCAUUCGGAUAUGGCCUCACUACUGAUCCUACCAAGACCAUCUAGACAUCAUUUUGUUAAAUCCGGUAGAUAAAGAGCCAUUAACAUUACAUAUUUGUUGAUGAUGUGAUAAUUUGAUUGGUCCUUGUCACCAAAAUGAAGGAAAAUAUAGCAAAAUAAUUACAAGA